CUCUUUCUCUGUCUCGACUUGAUCGUUCUCCACAGCCUUCCGUUUUUUCAGGUGACUUGUGUUUUCUUUUCUGCUGUCUCUGUUCUCUACCAAUUGCUCUUACUUUAGGCCGAAAACGAACGAAAACCCUAAUCCACAAAGCCAGAUGGUUGGCUUUAUUGUUCAGAGAUGGAGAACCUUUACCUAACAGCCAGAGCUGAAGAACAGAUGUCCAUGUUCUAUCGGAGAUUGCUUCGUCCAUUCAAUGGAUUGCAUCUAGUUCUGGUUCUUUCCUGUAUCUUUUUCUGCCUUGCUUUGUGUGUGUCAUGUACUGAGAGGAACCAUUUAGCAUCACAAGUGAAUGGAAUGAGGGAUCAUUUUGAUUGUAAGGCUUGCGGACCCAAUGGUGUUAAUCUUGAUGCAGGGCUUACAGACCUUUUUGGUUGUGAUGUUAAUUCAAACUAUGCUUGUGGCAACUCUCCAACAUUCUCCAGUUUUAAGAAUGUCUGUACCAGUUCUGAAUUCUUUUGCUUUCCUUCAACAUUGCCUGAUUUUCUCCCUGAAGAAGAUAAUUUUAAAGCAUCUCUUCUAGAAGUUCCUGGGAGAAAGAUUGAUGCUACAUUACCUGAUGGGCCAGUUCCUCAUGGUAUGUCGGAUGGUAACUCAAGCCAGUUGCCAGACCAUCGGAUGUUUAAGUUAUUAAAUGGAAGCCUUGUUUCAUGUUCUCUGAAUUCUGGAAGUGGACUCCAGGACGUAUCAUUGCUGCAGAACAGUAGUGUUGGUUGGAAUCAUCAUUCCUCCUGUAAAGGAUGCAAACUGACUAAGAGCCCAGAGAAGACUUUUGAGGCAAUUAGAUCAGGUUCUGGUGACAGUUCUUCAUCAUUCAAAGUGGAGAUAAAACCUCCUUUACUUGAUUGGGGACAAAACUAUUUAUACUUUCCUUCAUUAGCUUUCUUGACUGUAGAGAAUACUUGCAAUGAUAGCCUCCUACAUGUCUAUGAACCAUUCAGCACCGAUAGUCAGUUCUACCCUUGCGAUUUUGAUGAUAUGUUGCUUGGUCCGGGUGAAGUUGCUUCAAUUUGUUUUGUCUUCUUACCAAGAAUAUUGGGAUCUUCCUCAGCUCACCUGGUCUUACAGACAAGUUCUGGGGGUUUCUUGGUUCAUGCAAAAGGUUUUGCUAAUGAAUCCCCUUAUGGCACACAGCCUCUGAUAGGCCUGGAUGUUUCUUCAGAAGGAUCAUUUGGCAAGAAUUUGUCAAUACACAAUCCUUUCAAUGAGACCCUCUAUGUGCAGGAAGUUACUGGGUGGGUGUCAUUCUCAUCAGGGAGCACAUCAUACUCUGCAGAAGCUGUUUGUAGAAUGGACACUCUUCGGGGCUCUGAUGAGUUUAGUUAUUUUCUGAGUGAUAUAGAGUGGUUGGACAUAAGGAGUGGUGAAGUCGGUUUGCCAUUGAUGGGGAUUAAGCCUAAUGGAAGUUGGAAGCUUGGUCCUCACAGCAGUGAAACCAUCCUAGAGAUAGACUUCUCCUCUUGUAGUGAAGGAAAAUUGGUUGGUGCUUUUUGUGUGCAGUUGCAGAGUUCUUCACAAGGUAGGACUGAUACAAUUAUGGUUCCUCUUGAAGCAGAAGUGCGAGGUAAGGCAGCAUAUGGUGAACAUACAGGUUUGGUUUCUAUUUCUCUUGAGGCUCUUGUGCCAUGUGAUAGUGGGGAAACGAUAGAUAUUGCACUCUCUCUGAGAAAUGGGGCUCCAAACCUGUUAAGUAUCGUCAAGAUUAGUGAAAUUGCUGAUGGAGCUAGGAUUUUCCAAAUCAAAUACAUGGAAGGUUUAUUACUUUUCCCUGGUACUGCUACACGAAUUGCUGUUGUUACCUAUACUCGUGCACUUGUUGAUACUCAGUAUCAUGCCUCUGAGGUUUCAAACGUACAUUUGAACUGUAAAUUACUUUUAGUGACAAAUGAUUCAAGCAGUCCACAAAUUGAGAUUCCUUGCCAAGAUGUAGUGCACACUUGUUCGGGACGUCAACCAAGUUCAUAUAUUGGAUACCACCUUCAUCAUGAGGACAAGUUUGGCAAUGCAACAACACGACUUUUAAAUGGAGGCAUUCAGUCGUCAAUGCAGUUAAAGGUAUUGGAGACUGCAGAAGCAGAUGAGUUGGUAUUGAAAAAUUGGAGGUCUCAGGGCACAACUACUGGCAUGUCUGUGCUUGAUGAUCAUGAGAUUCUGUUCCCUAUGGUUCAAGUUGGAACUCAUUGUUCUAAGUGGAUCACUGUGAAAAAUCCUAGUGAGCAACCGGUCAUAAUGCAGCUUGUUUUGAAUUCAGGAGCAAUAAUUGAUCAAUGCAGGGCUGCUGAUGAGUUUUUGAAACCUGUUUCAUCGAGUAGUUUAAUUAAUAAUGAGUCAAUGCUGAUAUAUGGGUUUUCGAUAGCAGAAGCUGCAGUAAAAGAGGCCUAUGUCCAUUCUUAUGGAAUGGCCCUUUUUGGGCCUAUUGUUUUUCACCCUUCAAAUCGAUGUCGGUGGAGAAGUUCUGCUCUGAUAAGGAACAAUCUUUCAGGUGUAGAAUGGUUGCCUCUAGGGGGAUUUGGAGGGUCACUUUCCUUGGUUCUUCUUGAUGGAUCUAAGCCCGUUCAAAGCUUAGAAUUCAACCUCGAAAUGCCGAUUUCUCCCAAAAUUUCAGGUGCAGAAUUUUUGUUUCACAUUGAAGACACUAGCUCCAUCUGUUCUGAGCCAUUGUUGAAAGAACUGUAUGCAAAAAACACCGGGGACCUUCCGCUGGAGGUGAAUAGCAUUGAAGUUUCUGGAACUGACUGUCAGUUGGAUGGGUUUAUUGUACAUAAUUGUAAAGGUUUUGCUCUUGAACCCGGGGAAUCAGCAAGGCUUCUGAUCUCAUACCAGACCGACUUUUCUGCUGCUGUGGUUCAAAGAGAUCUUGAGCUGGCCCUGGCUACUGGUAUUUUCGUUAUCCCUAUGAAGGCAACUCUUCCUGCAUACAUGAUCAAUCUCUGUAAGAAGUCAUUGUUCAGGAUGUUCCUGGUGAAAUUUUCUAUGGUGGUCCUUGUUGCUGCUUUUGUAUUAUUUUUUAUAUUAUACUGCUGCUUUCCCCAACCAGUGAUCCUGGUUGCGCUUGAUUACUUAUUCAAGGCUGAGAGAAGUCCCAUUGCUACUGUUGGCACUGCUGGGAUAUCUUCUCGUAAGCAUCGACACCAGAGGAAUAACAGAUGUUCUAUUUGUAGUAGUGUGGAUGGUAUGUUAAGGUCUGUCAGGGACGAUGAAACCUCUAAGCUGGGUUUAGUUUGUAGAUCUGAUUGUCUUAGUGGCCAUCAGGGACAAGAGACAGCUGCUCAAUGUAUGAAACUGAUGCAGGAUGGUCAAGGACAAAGUAUCAAAAUGUCAGAACCUCAAAAGGUAAUGUCAUUGUUACCAUCAUCUUCGGUACUGAAGUCUAUGGCAGUAGUAGCAAGCUCUGGUGUACUAGAAUCAUCACAAACUGGUAAUCUCACAGUUAGGGUUGGAAAAGAAAAGGGAAGAAAACGAAGGAAAAGAAGGGUUGCUGGUGCAGGGUUUACUGGGAUGCCUGAAGUUUCUAGUAGUCAGAGUGGGAACUCUACACCUUCUUCACCUCUGUCCCCUGUCACAUUGGUUACACAACACAAACAAACAUGGCUUCUGUCUCCUGAAGUCGACCAUGGCAUUGAGGCGAAGGACCCAGCUGCUCGUAUGGAUGAUCGGAGCCAUGAGAAGGGACAAAUGCUCAAAGCUGCUGGCCAGUCAAGGUUGUUGGAGUCUAAGGUUUCUACCGACUACUGCUGCAAUAGUUGGUUACAUGCUCAAGAGCAGCCUUCUGUGGUAGGAGAAACUAGUAAACCUGUUCCAUUGCCUUCUGCUACUUUUCCAUGCACAGUUUGGGAUGGACCUCGUGAGGUUGGCUCCCCAUCAUUCUUAGUUUCAACUUCUGCAAUUUCCCCGCCAGCUCGGGCUCCUGGAUCCAAACUCUUGAAGGAGACAUCUGUAAAGGCUGAGGAAAAAACAGGGUUCGGUAAUGAGUUCACAUAUGAUAUCUGGGGAAACCAUUUUUCUGGAUUUCAUUUGAUAAGUAGGACUAAAGAGGUCUCCACAGUGAUCUCCAAUGCUUCAGAUGAUGACUCUCAGAGCUUCUUCCUAAGGGGCCCGCAGAUCCUCAUGCAAACCGCGAGCAGUAUUUGAGUCUACUGCUUCUAAAUUGCUCAGCUGCCCUGUAAGUUGUUUUCAUCAAAAUGCUUAAUCAUAAAUUUUGAAGUAAUUAUUAGCUGUUGCUGCC